AUGCCUUCCAAAGCAGUCCAAUACACCACGAAAGGUCGAGUCGUCCCCUGGGCUUACCGCAUCUUCUUCCUCGCCAUCGAGCCCAUCUCCGCCCUCGUCGGAGCCUACUUCGCCCACUUCCAGCAGGACAAGUACCUGUCCCUCACCCACGCGGCCUCCAAACCCGGCGUCAUCCCCCAGGGCACCGGAAUCGUCCUAUCCCAGCUCGCGAACCUCUACCUCCUCUUCGCUCUCAACGAGGCCUUCGUCCUUCGCGCGACCAACGACAUCAGGGUCUGGAAGACGGUCCUGUUCGUGCUUCUCAUCGCCGACCUCGGCCAUCUGUACACCGUUCGAAGCCUAGGCCCCGAGGUCUACUACGAUUUCACCAAAUGGAAUGCCAUUGACUGGGGCAAUGUGCCCUUCGUCUAUCUCGGUGCCUCGAUGCGCACCGCCUUCAUACUCAAUGUCGGACUGGGUGCUCAACGCGUCACCGCCAACAAGCAGCAGUAA